CCGAAAGGUUGACUAAGAAGACGACAUUUAAAAACGUGUUUCUUAAAUUCUUAUUUGUUUCGUCAAUAAAACCUUUAUUUAAACAUACUCUCAGCACUGUUAACAUAAAUACUAGUUCAAGAUACUGGGUAGAAUAUGGUUGUGGUUCGUUCAGAGAUAUUAGAAGCCUAUCUUCCUUCAACACAGGAAGUAAAGAAUGAGUUGAUAGGAGAGGUUGUUUCUGAAAACAUUGAUUGGAAUUUAAAGAAAUCUGUUCCUAGCCUCUACCAGUCAUGCAUACAGUGCCUGACUAAUUGCUUCUCUCGUAAACCCUGGCUUUCAAGAAUGUUGAAAGGAAAACAUAGGCAACGAUUUCUAGAAGAGGUUGAUGAAUGUGAAGAUCUUAGCUUGGUUUAUCAAUAUAUAGAGGAUACUCCAACAUAUUGGAGGCGCCGAGCACGUAAAUUGUUUUCAAGUGUGGAUGUGUCCAUGCACAGCGGGAGCUGGAAGCAGCUUUGUGUGGAGCGAGCUCUAACCAAUCAGAUUGAAGCUUUUCAACCGCUGCAAUCCAGUUACGACGACAUUAAAUCUCUUUGUCAGGAUGUUGGAAGUAUAGUAAAAUAUCUGAGAAUUACACAACUCCUGCCACCAGAGGUGACCACUUCAAACCAAACUGUGGUACAAUCUAAAGGAGAAGUUGAGGUAGAGUCAACACAAUCUAAAGAAGUAUUGUCUAGGACUCCAUCUUUAAUAUCAUUUGACCAAUCAAACAUUUCAUCUCCGCCCAGAGUGCCUACACCUGUCCAGAUACUGGAUAUGGAUAUCCCUCCUAAUCAUCUUGAUUUCUCUUUACUCCUGCCCCUCAUACCGAACCUUGAGGAACUCCACAUUUGUUGCCAGGUGAAAAAGUGUGGACUAGAGUUUCGAUGGAGUAUGUUUGGUUUGACAGAGAAGGAUGCAGAUAAUAUUGGGACAGGGUUAGAACAGAUAAACAAGAUUAAACUUAUCAGUAUUAAGAAUAGCAAGGUGUCUGACUCUAUCCUUUAUAUGGUGCUGGACGGCCUGGAGAAGAUGAAGUUGAUUACAGUUCUAGAUUUCCCAAAUAAUAUCAUCACAGAUGAGAGUAUUGAACCUCUUGUCAAAUUUAUCACAGGCAAGAAUGUCAGAACACUGAACUUAUCCAACAACAGAUUAAGAAAUGAAGGAGCUACACAUUUUGCAAUAUUUCUCUCCUCCGGGAAAUCAAGUUUAACCUCCCUCAACUUCAACCUUAAUCUUAUCCAGGAUGAGGGAGGGAUCAGUUUGCUUAAAGCUUUGUCAGUUGAGAAGAAAAUAAUAAAGUUUUGUCUUGCAUCAAACAGACUAACAUCAAACACUGGACACGCUAUCAGAGAUCUCCUGAAGCUGAAUAGAACGAUAGAACAUCUGGAGUUUUCAUGUAACAGAUUCGAAGGAGAUACUGGAGACUAUAUACUGGAGGGAAUCAAAUCCAAUACAAGCAUAAAGUUUAUGGAUCUCAGGUUGAGUGGAAUUGGUCAGGAAGAGGAAGCUGAGAUAAGUGCCAUUAUCCGGAAAAAUGUCGGAGUCUAAAUCUGGCGUUGAUGCACUUUGUAUGUAAUAUGUAUGUAAUAUGUAUGGACUUUGUAUGCACUAUCUAUGUACUAUGUAUGUACUGUUAUGUACUAUGCAUGCAUUAUGUAUGUACUAUGUAUGCACUAUGUAUGCACUAUGCAUGCACUAUUUAUGUACUUUGUAUGGACUAUGUACGUACUAUUUAUGCAAAAUGUAUGUACUAUGUAAGAACUAUGUAUGUAAUAUUUAUGUAAUAUGUGUGUACUUUGUAUGUA